AUGGCUCCAAAAACUGCAAUCAUUACUUAUUCUCUUUACCACCACAUCCACAAGUUGGCAUUGGCUCAGCAAAAAGGUAUCAUUGGUGCUGGAGGAGUAGCUGAUAUUUUCAAGGUGGAGGAGACUUUGCCAGAGUCCUUGGUGAAGAAAUUGGGAGGAAUUGAGAGGCCAGAAGUUCCUGUGGCCUCUGUUGAUACUUUGAAGGAGUAUGAUUCUUUCUUGUUUGGAAUUCCUACUAGAUAUGGAAACUUCCCCACUCAAUUCAAGAACUUCUGGGACCAAACCGGUGCUUUGUGGGCUCAGGGUGCUUUGAGAGGAAAGCCUGCCGGUGUGUUCGUUAGUACCGGUACUUUGGGUGGAGGUCAAGAGACCACUGUCAUUAGCACAUUGUCUACGUUGGCUCACCACGGAAUUGUCUACGUUCCAUUGGGUUAUGCUCAUCCAGGUCAAGCUGAUAACAGUCAAGUCCAUGGUGGAUCUCCUUGGGGAGCGGGAACAUUUGCUGGAGGCGAUGGAAAGAGGGAGGUGACUCCUUUGGAGUUAGAGAUUGCCGAAACUCAGGGUAAGACAUUCUACGAGAUCAUCAAGAAGUUUUAA